AUGAGUGGAUUUGUUAGAAGUGGAGGGUCUUUUGGUCGCGUGUGGGGCAAAUCAAGCCCAGGGGUGGCCGCUCCAAGCCUCCCCAAGUACGGAGAUCGGCUGGAAUCAUAUGAUUUCAGAAACAGGCCAUGGCUCCAGAGGGAUAGGAGCGGACUGUUUCCUUUAAUGGCGGAAGAGAAAACUGAAGAGGGAUAUCUGCGUAUUUCGCCACUGCAGCUCAAGGCGCUAAAGAAUCCAGGCAGCAACAGGGUCAGUGUGACAGCAGCUAGUGCCCCCUUCUGUGAAGUGCGCACGUUGUAUGAGCUGGCAGAAGUGGCUGUGGAGGAAGAAAAACCCACUAAUGCUAUGGAAAGGGGAGCUCAAGUCCACAACAUGGCUGAAUAUAGUCUGUACGAGGCUACAGAGGUGUCUUUACCUGUCCCUCCAGCUACAACUCCCACAGAGGAGUGGUACCAGAAGCUGAUGAACAUGUACCUGAAGCUCAGCAUGUUGAGAACCGAUUCUGCUCCAGCGGUCAAUGAACUUGAGAUGAGCCCCACAUUUAUGGCUCGUGAGAUCCCGGUCUUUGGCAACUACAAAAAUACACGUCUGUUUGGAAUUAUGGAUUUGAUUUAUUGGAGGAACAAGAAGCUCAACAUUUGUGAUAUGAAGACCACAUAUCGUCGUUCGGUCCCUGAGGAGCCCCAGAUGACGUCACACAUUCACCAGACAAUGCUGUAUCACUACUUGUUCAGUGACAUGUGUCGUGAUAUUGACGCCACUAUGGGCGAGUAUCUGCGAGACGACAUUUGCAUUGAUACAGAUGUGCGGUCUGAGUUUUCUGCGGCUUAUGAGGGUCAGAGUGGACCAGCCGACACAAUCCCGACUUCGAUAUCUGGGUUGAUCAAGCUGAUUGGCGACGAGCUGCCUAAGCCCCGGUCUCUAGCGAAAACCGUGUCUGUAGAGUACGUGAAGCGAUCGGAAGAUCGAGUGCCUGAGGAGUACCAGGAUCUCUACCCACUCUCGGAUUACACCCAACGACAGUCUUUUGCCGUGGUUCAAGCCCCUGUUGACUACAAGGAGCUCAAGCGGGUCAUGUCUGAGACACUGCCCUUCUGGCAUGGUCAGCGGGCGGCUAUCGGUGUGGAUGCAGACAGCAUGAACAAAUGCCGGUACUGUCAAUUUCGACCUGUUUGUGGGUGGUACAACUGA